CAUUGGCUCGGCGUCUGGGCUCCUUUUUCAAAUUGAGGCGCCGAGUCGUUGCUGGGUUUCCUAGGUUUCGGGCGGAAACGGUAUUGGUAGUUCCGAGGCUCCCGCUAGUGCGGGACAGACGCCUCGGUCAGUUAGAGCCCCUGGUGGAGAGCGGGGACGUCGAGCUGCUUGCGUGGGUGUUCCCGGCUCCUCCGCGCCCCACAGCCGGGGUGUCCGCUGCCCAGCCUUGGCCUUCCCGCGGGGCUCGUAAUGGCGUCGCAGCCGAAUUCCUCCGCGAAGAAGAAAGAGGAGAAGGGAAAGAACAUCCAGGUGGUGGUGAGAUGCAGACCGUUUAAUUUGGCAGAACGGAAAGCUAAUGCCCAUUCUAUUGUAGAAUGUGAUCAUGUACGAAAAGAAGUUAGUGUACGAACCGGAGGAUUGGCUGACAAAAGCUCAAGGAAAACAUAUACUUUUGAUAUGGUUUUUGGAGCUUCUACUAAACAAAUUGAUGUUUACCGAAGUGUUGUGUGUCCAAUUUUGGAUGAAGUUAUUAUGGGUUAUAAUUGCACUAUUUUUGCAUACGGGCAAACUGGCACUGGAAAAACCUUUACAAUGGAAGGUGAGAGGUCACCUAAUGAAGAGUACACUUGGGAGGAGGAUCCCUUGGCUGGUAUAAUUCCACGUACUCUUCAUCAAAUUUUUGAGAAACUUACUGAUAAUGGUACUGAAUUUUCAGUCAAAGUGUCUCUGUUGGAAAUCUAUAAUGAAGAACUUUUUGAUCUCCUUAAUCCAUCUUCUGAUGUUUCUGAGAGACUGCAGAUGUUUGAUGAUCCCCGUAACAAGAGGGGGGUGAUAAUCAAAGGUUUAGAAGAAAUUACAGUACACAACAAAGAUGAAGUCUAUCAGAUUUUGGAGAAGGGGGCAGCAAAACGGACAACUGCAGCGACCCUGAUGAAUGCAUACUCCAGUCGUUCCCACUCGGUUUUCUCUGUUACAAUACAUAUGAAAGAAACUACAAUUGAUGGAGAAGAACUUGUUAAAAUUGGAAAGUUGAACUUGGUUGAUCUUGCGGGAAGUGAGAACAUUGGCCGUUCUGGAGCAGUUGACAAGAGAGCUCGGGAAGCUGGAAAUAUCAAUCAAUCCCUUUUGACUUUGGGAAGGGUUAUUACUGCUCUUGUAGAAAGAACACCUCAUGUUCCUUAUCGAGAAUCUAAACUAACUAGAAUCCUACAGGAUUCUCUUGGGGGACGUACAAGAACAUCUAUAAUUGCAACAAUUUCUCCUGCAUCUCUCAAUCUUGAGGAAACUCUGAGUACAUUGGAAUAUGCUCAUAGAGCAAAGAACAUACUAAAUAAGCCUGAAGUUAACCAGAAACUCACCAAAAGAGCUCUUAUUAAGGAAUAUACAGAAGAGAUAGAGCGUCUGAAACGAGAUCUUGCUGCAGCCCGUGAGAAAAAUGGGGUGUACAUUUCUGAAGAAAAUUUUAGAGCCAUGAGUGGAAAACUAACCGUUCAAGAAGAACAGAUUGUAGAAUUGAUUGAAAAAAUUGGUGCCGUUGAGGAGGAGCUAAGUAGGGUUACAGAGUUGUUUAUGGACAGUAAAAAUGAACUUGACCAGUGUAAAUCUGACCUGCAAAAUAAGACACAGGAACUUAAAACCACUCAAAAACAUUUGCAAGAAACUAAAUUACAGCUUGUUGAAGAAGAGUAUAUUACAUCAGCUUUGGAAAUUACUGAAGAGAAACUUCAUGAUGCUGCCAGCAGGUUGCUUACCACAGUUGAAGAAACUACAAAAGAUGUGUCUGGUCUCCAUUCCAAACUGGAUCGUAAGAAGGCAAUUGAUCAGCACAAUGCAGAAGCUCAGGAUAUUUUUGGCAAAAACCUAAAUAGUCUCUUUAGUAAUAUGGAAGAAUUAAUUAAGGAUAGCAGCUCAAAACAGAAGGCCAUGCUAGAGGUUCACAAGACUUUGUUUGGUAACCUGCUGUCUUCCAGUGUCUCUGCAUUAGACACAAUUACUACAACAGCACUUGGAUCUCUCACAUCUGUUCCAGAAAAUGUGUCUAUACGUGUUUCUCAGAUUUCUGAUAUGAUAUUAAAAGAACAAUCAUUUGCAGCAGAAAGUAAAAUUAUACUUCAGACCCUGAUUGAUGUACUUAAGACUGAUCUUCUAACUUCACUGGAAACGGUUUUAUCCCCCACUGUGGUGUCUAUACUGAAAAUCAACAGUCAACUAAAGCAUAUUUUCAAGACUUCAUUGACAGUGGCUAGUAAGAUAGAAGAUAAGAAAAAGGAAACGGAUGGCUUUCUCAGUACACUGUGUAACAAUCUACAUGAACUACAAGAGAAAACAGUUUCUUCCUUGGCUGAAUCACAGAAGCUAUGUGAAAACUUAACUGAAGACCUGAAGAGAACAAAAAAAAUCCAUUCACAGGAACUUUGCCAGUUAAUCAAUCUUUGGGCAGAACGAUUCUGUGCCUUGGAGGAAAAGUGUGACAAUAUCCAGAAACCACUUAGUAGCAUCCAAGAAAAUGCACAACAGAAAUCUAAGGAUAUAAUCAGCAAAACAGCCUCUUAUGGUACACAGUUUUGUGCUGAUUGUGAUGGCUUAUCACAGGAACUCAGACACUUUAACCAAGAGGGUACAAAAUUGGUUGAAGAGUCUAUGAAACACUGUGAUAAACUUAAUAGCAACCUUAAAGUAGUAUCUCAAGAGACUGAACAGAGAUGUGAGGCCCUGAACACAAGCACACUUUCUUUUUCUGAACAAUGGGUAUCUUGCUUAAAUAAAAGGGAUGAAGAACUUCAGAACUUAUUGGAGGUUGUAAACCAAGAUUGUGAGGCUUCAAGUUCAGAGAUUACUGAAAAAUUAACUGAACAUAAAGCAGCUAAUGAGAACCAGCGUAACAUUAUUUUUGGUCAGAUAACUACUGAUGAAGAAAAAUUAAUGGCACAAAGUCUAGAACUUAAUGAAACCAUAAAAAUUGGUUUAGCUAAGCUUAAUUGCUUUCUACAACAGGAUCUGAAACUGGAUAUCCCAACAGGUAUGACACCACAAAGGAAAAAUUACUUAUACCCAUCAACACUGGUGAGAACCGAACCACGUGAACAGCUUCUGGACCAGUUGAAAAGGAAACAACCUGAACUGUUAAUGAUGUUAAAGUGUUCAGAAAAUAACAAAGAAGAGAUCAAUCAGGACUUGGAUGAAGAAAAGUCUGUUCUAGGGCACUCUAUUGAAGAACCUGUAAGUCAGGAGUCAUCUAAAGAUGCUAGUGCGGAUUGUUCAUCAAGUGGUGGGAUUCCAUUUUUCCAGCAUAAAAAACCACAUGGAAAAGACAAAGAAAACAGAGGCAUUAAUUCAGUGGAGAGGCCUAAAGUGGAAGAAACUACAGAGCAUUCUGUUACAAGGAGCAGAUUACCUCUACGAGCCUAGAUAAAUCUUUAGUUAACUUGAGGAUCGGUAAUUCUAUUUUUAAGAAAAAUGAAAAAUAAACCUAGAACUCCAGAACUUGAGCCUUAUGUAUAGACAAAAAACAAAUGGAAAAUAUCAAGGCAAUACUGUAUAUUUAGUUGAAUUUAAAAUGUAUACUCAUUUUUCUAUCAUCCCUGUAGUACACUGUGUAUUAAGUUGGGUUUUAUUUGGGAUUUACAUUGAGUAAAUAUGUAUUUUUAGCUUUCAACAUAAAAUAGCCCUUUCCUAACAAAUGAAAAAUAUUUUUCUUAUAUAUCACUAGGCAGCACAUAUAGAGAAGUUGCACCGUUUUCUAGGCUUUAACUUACAUAGGUAAAUAUUGCCAACUCAGUCUUGGGAAGGCACAUCUCUUACUUUUCUUGGUGUAAUUGAAUUAUGUCUAUAUCUGCUUACUUCCUUCCCUAGACUUUUCCAUUCUGCAUUCUUAGCUUGCUUUCUCCUUUUUCAUUUGUGUCCAAACCAUUUGUAGAGCUACAAAAUGGUAUCUAUUCAUAUUAUAAGGUAUCCUGAAUUUUACCUAGAAGUCUUGAACACUUUCUGUGGUGCUAUUAAGAUUACUGUCAACAAUAAACAAUUCUAGAAGUAUUCCUUCCUUCAAUAUUUUUAGUUUGUUUCUCCCUAGACGAAAAGCAUUCUUUAUGAGGCCUAACACAUUAGCCCCCACAGAGUUCAUAAAAAGCCAGCUUCUCUUCUCUAGAAUGUAGAUUACUCUUAUGGAAGAACUACCAUAAGAUCUCUGAUUAAUGGCUGUGUGCCCUAUAUCUUGUGCAGAAGGUCUCAGUGAUUUAAGGGCUUUUUGAAACUAUUAAUUAUGACUAUAAUUUAUAUCCUUUUGCUUGCUUACUUGAAACUUUUUGUACUUUGUAUAUAAUAAAAAUAUGUAUAUGUAUGUUUUUCCUUAGUGAAAUCUUAACCCUUAGAAAGGUCCUAACAGUUUUGAUCUAGCAGCCAAAUUUCUGGAAGCUGGAUUUUUCAGCAUGAAGAACAAGCACACUUAGAAGGAAUAUAGGCAAAGAAAAAAAUUUGUGCCUACAUCAAGUUAAGUGUAUAAAUUUUAGAGAGAUUUGACUGUGAUAGCUAAGUAAAGCCAAACCCAACUGGAGAAUUAGAAAAUGGCUACUUCAAGGAACUAAAUUUACCUUGCAAAAGUAUUAAUUACCUUAAUGAAAAUAAUGCUGCAAUUUCUCUGCAAAAUCAGAUGUCAACAUAAGCUAUGGAUAAUAUCUAAUAAACUGCCCUCAGGAAA